CACUCCAAAAAUUUAUGGCGACGUAAAUACUACAGCCAACACAUGUUAUAAUUGUACCGGGUAUUUAUGUAGUAGCUGAUGAACUGUUUCUGGAUUCAAAUUAAAUUUCUUUGGCAACAUUAGUACUAUCUCAUCAAUAGUUCGUUUAAAGCUUAUUUUAUAACGAAUUUUUUUGUUUAAUCAACUAUAAAAGUUCGUUCAACAAUGACAUUAGAUCAACAGACGAAACAGCACCUGGAAAAAGAAUUGCUUCCGUUCCUCACACCAUCAGCUCGAGCCGAUGUUAAGUCUAUUGCAAUAAGGUAUUUCUUAGAAAUGACUGGUUCAAAAGAAGGAAGAGAAUUCAUAGCAGAAGGAAAUUCGUUCUUACCUGCUAUUGUAUCUCUGACAUCAGACUCGCAACAUGAUGCAGCCAAAGAUGCAUUUUUGACACUCAUAAACCUGACAUCUGAAGACACCAUAUCAUGGAAACUAAUGCAUAAGGAGGAUACAUCCACAUUCGGCUUGGACAUUUUGCACAAGAUUUUGAAGUCAGAUUUUGUAUUUGCAGAUGAAGCUGCAAGUAUUGUAUCAAAUAUAACAAGAUUGCCUUCUUGUGCAAAACUGUUAGCAGAUCAAAUUUUAACUGAAAAUUCGAAGGUAACAAUGGAGAAAAUUGUAAAUGUUUUAUGUCAAGUUAACUACAAUAAAAAUGCAAAUCUUCAUUAUCUUGGACUUAUAUUGUCAAACCUUACACAAGUUCCAGCCAUACGGAAAAUUAUAAUGGAUAAAGAUAGGUGUAUUGUGCAGAAACUAUUACCAUUUACUGAAUUUACAGAGUCAACAACAAGGAGAGGAGGUAUCAUUGGAACCUUAAAAAACUGCUGCUUUGAAUAUGGUAUGUUGUCAGAGAUUUUUAUUUUUAACUAAUAUAUCUUUCAGCCUGAUUUUUUUUUUUUUAUGAAGAGUCAAGGUUCUUCUCUACUAUUGGCAAUUGGGAUUUAUGACAUUAACCUCAAAAUUUCAAGUUACUCACAACUGUGUCUAUAGACAGUCUAUCUGUUCAAAAUUUACAGCAUUAGACUCCUUAGUUUUAGUGUUAGCUUAUUACUCUAAUUAAAACUCAGUGCAAUGGCUUUUUGUUCCAUUUUUAAAUUUUGAAACAAUACUAACAAUUUUUUUAAAGCUUCGUCUUUAUUAAGUUAUACUUUGUAUUAUUUGUAUUAUUAUUGUUAUAUGAAUUAUUUUAUGGACAAAACCAAUACUGUUUAAAAAAUGGUCAGUGAUAAUUGUGUUGCUCAUUUGCAGACUACCAUUCUUGGCUGCUCAGUGAUGAUGUGGACAUUUUAUCCAAACUCUUGUUGCCCCUUGCUGGUGGAGAAGAGUUAGAUGAGGACGAGAUGGAAAAGUUACCUAUUGAUCUUCAGUACCUGCCACCAGAUAAGAAGAGGGAAUCUGACCCUGACCUCAGAGCUAUGCUAAUGGAGUCAAUUAUGCAGGUGAAAAGCCUUUUAGAAACUCAUUUGUAAAAAUAUUUUAAGAGCAAGUCUUCGUAUCUGCAAGUUAUCAGUUACCCCGCAGAGAUAAGUGAAAAAUAUAGCUCUCAUUUUUGUGAGAAAAGGUCAGCAAGAGAAAUAACAUUUACAAUGAAAUCACUAAUGGUUUUUUAAUUUGGAUUUUACAGCGAAGAUUCUCCUUGACAAACAUUACAAUGGGAAAAGGCUCUAACAAAUUUUUCUUAUUAAAGCAUAUCUUACGUAUUGGCGAUGCGCCAUUUGGAGUUUUAAUUAUUUUACAUUGAUUUCCUGCUGUCAUUGCAGCUCUGUGCCACAAAGCAAGGCAGACUGUAUAUCAAGCAAAAAAAUGCAUACGUCAUUUUAAGGGAGCUUCAUAAAUGGGAAAAAGAUCCAAAGGCAAAACUUGUUUGUCAGAAACUUUGUGAGCUGCUGAUUUCUGAUGAGCCCGAUGAAAGAAUGGAAGAUUUGCACAAAGUUGAUGUUCCUGUCCAUUUACAGGAGAAAUUUGAAAAGCUAGACCUUGAUCUCCUAAAAGACUUUACUGAGGAAGAAGAAAAGCCUUCAUCUGCCCCAUCUCAGUGAAAGGACAGAUUUAAAUUUAAAUAUAACAUUCAGUACAGUUGUCCAUUCAAGAAAAUUGUUUAAGGAUUUUCUGAAACAUUUCCUAUAAUAAAGUUCUCAAUAGAAAUUGUCUAAUCUACAUGUUAUUGUGGAGUUUAUUUCUUCUGAAAAUAAAAUUAUUUCCAAAAUGAAUAUAAGUUUUUAAAAACUGUUAUUUGAGCAGUUAUGUUAUCUGUAAAAAGGAAUUCCGUUAGAGUCAAAUUCAAUUUAAUAUGUAUAAAUACUACUUUUGAAAUAAAUACUAAUGAUCAAAGUCACCUAAAAUGUGGACCACUUUUAAAACUUUAAAAAACAAAAGCAUCAGUAAAAGUAACAGCAUUUAG